AUGGCCACCGAUGAGAUGAGGUCAGAUGAGGUUAUGGGAGACAUGAGCAAAGUAGUCAUCGUUGAAGCGCAUUUGGACUGCUUUGAAAUGGCUGGUGAUCGUUUUUUACAAUUCUUCACUUCGCUGCGUGGCUUUCCCAAGACCAAGAUGGAGGGGGCGUUCGUCUCUCCGGAAGACCGCGUGUAUCCUCCGCUGGUGACUGAGAACUGUUCGAGCGCUAUCAAGGAUGUUUCCGCCGAUAAAGUAGAACUACAACAAGCUGUUUCUCUGGCCUCGUGUCGGAAUACGGUCGACUGCGCCUUCAUGGGAGGCCACUGCGACGCGACCUGCGAUGACGACGAGUUCAAGUACCCUGGUCUUUGCCUCCCCGGAAACUGCUCCUGCUGCGUGAAAAAGGAAUGCACGCAAAGUAAAUGCUGCACCUUUCCUGGAGGGAGAUGCGACUGGAAAUGCAAAGAUGACGAAGUUACAGAAAAAGAUCUUUGUAUCGGAGAUUGCGUUUGCUGCUUCCAAGACAAGUGCCCAGACAGCCCCAAGUGCCAGGCGCUGGACGGGCGCUGCGUGGAGAGCUGUGAGGCGGACGAGCUGGCCGUCCCGUGGCUCUGCGGAGGCGAGAACUGCACCUGCUGUGUCAAGAACAACUGCAACCAGACCAAGUGCUGCGAAGCCUUCGGCGGAAGCUGCGGCAAGAUGUGCCACGAAGGCGAGGAGCCCAUCGAGGGCGUGGUGCGAAGGAGCGUGCCAGUGCUGCGCCAAGGGUACGUUGACGCACUGAGUCCCAUCUCCUGCCCUCAUCUGUCCCGCCUUCACCAGCCCCGUGUGAGCAGAGCAACUGCUGCAACGUCCUGGGCGGCAGAUGCAACGCCACGUGCGCCGAGGCGAGCGAGCCGUCGAGGGCGUCUGCCACGGAGAGCACUGCCUCUGCUGCGUGCCGGAAGACCCUUGUCCCGACAGCGCCACCUGCCUGGAAAUAGGAGGCCACUGCGACCCAUCCUGCGAGAGCCACGAGGUCGGCUAUCCCUAUUACUGCCCGCGACAGGUCUUGUCUCUGCUGCGUCGAGAGGACGACAACGAUCCCUCCGACCACGUCCACAUCAACGGUCUCAGUUCCAAGUUGCACAAACACGAAGUACUGCUGGAGUAGAAAUGGUUACUGCAACUUCACCUGCAAUGUUGGCGAAAUCGGUCUUAGUGGUUAUUGCAAUUCCAAAUCUUGUUUGUGCUGUUCUAAAGAGCCGUGUCCGACGACCACCGAGUGCAAAGAGGCCGGCGGCGUCUGCUCGCCGGGCUGCCGCAGAUUCGACCUCGUGGCUCAGGCUGACCUUUGUCCGUUGAGCGGAUGCAAUUGUUGCAUUACAGAUCCGUGUCCUGAGACGGCUGACUGUGCAACAGAGGAGGUUAUUGCAAUCAGACUUGUGGCAUUCGGGAGGCGAGUCUCAGCGGGUACUGUGCCAGCGAUUCCUGCUCCUGCUGCGUCCCGU